AACGGGAAGGGGCAGGGCCAAGAGGUGCGAGCCUCGGCCGGGAGGGUUUAAACCGUGCGCAGGCGCGCGCCGCGGUUGAGAAGGCGCGGAUCUUGGUGGCUGUGGGCAGUGGAAGUUUCAGGUGGGUGGUGUCCGCAGGUGGUGAUGCUGGUGCGGGUGGGGGCGCUGACCCUGUGUUAGGUCCUGAACUUUCCUGGGCUCGGCUGCCCCCUCCAUGAAGACAGUUAGUCGCGGGACUUCGCAGAGGCUUGGUGCGAGCGCGAACGGAGUUUAUUCCCGGCAGAGCGCUUCGAAGGGUGCUUGGCCCGAGGUCGGCGCACUGAGGGGGUAGCUCCUGUCGUUACUGCCGCGGCGUCCCCCGAAUCAGUCCGCUUCACUGCAUCCCCACCGCUCCUGCCGCCUCACUCCGGGGUUCGUCUCCAAAUUGUUCACCCCCAAUUAGGGAACGUCGUGUACUAAAAGGAACUAUGUCUCAGGAAGGCGAUUAUGGAAAAUGGACAAUAUCCAGUAGUGACGAAAGUGAAGACGAAAAGCCAAAACUAGACAAGCCCUCUACUUUUUCCCUCCCUCCUGCUGGGCAGGGAGCAGCAAAUGAGCCAAGAUACACCUGUUCCGAGGCUAGGAAAGCUGCCCAUAGAAGGAAAAGAUCACCCGUGAAAUUCAGCAACGCAGAUUCAGUUUCAGAAGUUUCACCUCCCAAAAGGCAAAGGAGUGGUUCCCAGGAAGACCUAGGUUGGUGUCUCUCUAGCAGCGAUGAUGAGCUGCAACCAGAAACCCUGCAGAAGCAGGCUAAGAACAUUGUGGUCAAAGAGGAGAGAGGCAUCUCUUCUCCUAAAGACAGUGCUGCCCAAAGACCCAGAAAUCCCACCCCUCCUGCACACCACAGGCUCGAGGAGGAGGAGGAAGAGGAGUAUGAAACUUCAGGGGAAGGCCAAGACAUUUGGGACAUGUUGGAUAAAGGGAACCCCUUCCGAUUUUACCUCACUAGAGUCUCGGGCAUUGAGCCAAAGGAUAACUCUGGAGCUCUCCACAUCAAGGAUAUUUUAUCCCCUCUAUUUGGGACACUUCUGUCUUCAGCUCAGUUUAACUACUGCUUUGAUGUGGACUGGCUCGUAAAACAGUAUCCACCACAGUUCAGGAAGAAACCAAUCCUGCUUGUGCAUGGAGAUAAACGAGAAGCCAAGGCUCACUUACAUGCCCAGGCCAAGCCUUAUGAAAACAUUUCCCUCUGCCAGGCAAAGUUGGAUAUUGCAUUUGGAACACACCACACGAAAAUGAUGUUACUGCUGUACGAAGAAGGCCUCCGGGUUGUCAUACAUACCUCUAACCUCAUCCAUGCUGACUGGCAUCAGAAGACUCAGGGAAUAUGGUUGAGCCCCUUAUACCCACGAGUUGUCCACGGAACCCACAGAUCUGGAGACUCAACAACACAUUUUAAAGCCGAUCUUAUCAGCUACUUAAUGGCUUAUAAUGCUCCUUCUCUCAAGGAGUGGAUAGAUGUUAUCCACGAGCAUGAUCUCUCUGAAACCAAUGUUUAUCUUAUUGGAUCGACCCCAGGACGCUUUCAAGGAAGUCAAAAAGAUAAUUGGGGACAUUUUAGGCUUAGGAAGCUUCUGAAAGAGCAUGCCUCAUCCAUACCUAAAGGAGAGUCUUGGCCAAUAGUAGGUCAGUUUUCAAGCAUUGGCUCUAUGGGAGCUGACGAAUCAAAAUGGUUGUGUUCGGAGUUUAAAGAAAGCUUGGUGACCCAGGGGAAGGAGAGCAGGACCCCAGGGAAAAGUGCUGCUCCCCUCCAUCUGAUCUACCCUUCUGUGGAAAAUGUGCGGACCAGCUUAGAAGGCUAUCCCGCUGGUGGCUCUCUUCCCUAUAGCAUCCAGACAGCUGAAAAGCAGAAUUGGCUCCACUCCUAUUUUCACAAAUGGUCGGCUGAGACAUCUGGCCGCAGCAAUGCUAUGCCACAUAUUAAAACUUAUAUGAGACUGUCUCCAGACUUCAGUCAAAUUGCCUGGUUCCUUGUCACAAGCGCGAAUCUGUCCAAGGCCGCCUGGGGAGCAUUAGAGAAGAAUGGUGCCCAGCUGAUGAUCCGUUCCUAUGAGCUUGGGGUCCUUUUCUUGCCAUCAGCAUUUGGCCUGGACAGCUUCAGAGUAAAACAGAAAUUCUUCUCAGGGAGCAAGGAGCCAACAUCCUCCUUUCCUGUGCCAUACGAUCUUCCUCCAGAACUGUAUGGAAGUAAAGUAAUCCUGGGAGGUUGCUUGUGCAGCUAAUUCCCAUUUCACAGACGAGGAACCUGAGGCCAAAUUUGAACAUAGGUCUUCAGGGUUCUUUCCAUCGUGUCGUAUCAAGGUGUGUUGUCUUCUUCAACAUUGCCCUGCAGUCAUUAUAGAGACCCUUCUGCCUCAUCAGUUCCUAACCUAAGGAGCAGAACGAAACCAUUUCACAGAUGUGAAAAUGAGCCCCUUGGUUAUAUGUGACCAUGACCAUGCCAUCUGUUACUGUUGGUUUCUCCAGCUUCAUAAAAGGAGAAAAUAAUAACUGCCCUUGUUAAGGUUCUUUCUCUGCUGGACACGACAUGGCUUUAUCUCCUUUAACUCUCGUGACAGUCCCACGGUGUAGGCACAGAUAAGGACUCUGGGGCUGAGGGAGGUGAGGUCACUUGUCAGUGUAAGUGAUAAGCCGGAAUGUACUUCCUGGCUUCUGCUUGCCUGUUUCCACAUUCACUUGCCUGGGUCUUAGCACAAACCUUUACAGACAGCCUUUGCCUGAAAUGGACUAUUGUCUGGGGUUGGUUCAGAAAAGCUUUUUAACAGUUCGUAGACUCCAGCACAUGGGUGGUUUUAUCCUACCAGGUAAGUGAAUUUUUUUAAUCCUGUUCAAAUAAGUGUUAUACAUAUGUAAUAUGUUUUUUCUGCCCUGCC